UAGUUAUGUGGUACUGUGUCUUUAAGUGAUUUCUGAAGGUGCACGAGACGGCUGCGCGCGCCCGCUCCCGUGUGUAGACGCUCCAAAAAAUGUGUUAAGAAUUACAAAAGCUGGAUCUGUAACACUGGAAGAUAAACGCAACAACUGUUCAUCAUUCGCAAGAAUGUAAACAAGAUCACCGGUGGAGCUUCCCCAUGCACCUACAUCCCUUUCAUUCCGACCUUCUAGAAUGUUCCUGAAGACAGUUCCUCCGGUGGUGGCUAUUCACUCGGAAUGGAGAUCCAAUAAGAGCUGCAUCCUGCCUCUCUUUUUCAAUGACAGUGCUUCCGACAGCGACCUUGCUUCUGUUAGCGGCACCCCCAUCCCACAGAAGAUCCAGAUGAUUAUAGAGAGCCUCCACAGCACCCAGUCUUCGGACAUGAGCGAAAACAUGCAGACCGAAAAGGCUUCUCAUUCCAGCCACGAGGCUGACUACAAGGGUCAAAUGCGACUCAUGGACACUUCUGCACGAUCCAGGCGAACAGGGGCAGACACUAAGCCACAGCUUGCCAGAUCUGAUACUGGUGAUGAUUCGGAUAGUGAUGAUUCUGUGGACAGAGGCAUUGAGGAGGCCAUUCAGGAGUAUCUGAAGGAGAAGGUGGACCACAAGCGGAAAGGGGAUCCGAUGGCAAGUUCGCCCCCAGCGCCCAAGCUUCAGCGUAGGGAACCAACUGUCCAAGAUGCUGCUAAACACACACAUUCCACUAGUGGUAAGGUGCUAAUUGCUAGCAAUAAUAUACAGAGAGCCUUGAGUGGGACGCAGCCCCUUAAGAAGAAAGUCAAGAAGAAGAAGCUAAGCAAAGAAAAUCCCUUUAAGAAAGCAGACACAAGUAAAGUUUUGCCUGUAAAAAGUCUUCCUCCACCCAGAGCAAAGAAAGGAUCUUCCUCGUCUUCAGAGAUGGACAGAUCUCCACCUCGUCUCGUCAUUAAAGAGGAAGAGGAAUGGCUCGAUUCAAGCAGCGAUGAUGGAAUUGAAGAGGAGAUUCAGAGAUUCCAGCAAGAGAAAAAACAAAAACAGGAAGGUGAAAAUGAUGCCCUGAGAUCUUCACGACAAAGGGAGCACUCUGAAUCGAGCAGCGAUGAAGGUAUUGAAGAAGCAAUCCGUCACUUCCAGGAACAAAAAGACAAGCAGAAGAAAAAGAAAAGUCCUCUCAAAUCUGUCCAACUUGUGCCUGUGCAACAUAUCAAACCAGCCGUCGCUGCUUCCGAAUGCAUGAGCACUGAGCCACUCAAAGCACUGUCCAAGAAGAGCAAGAAGAAGUUGAUAACUAAGAAGUCUAAUCUCCCUACACCACUGGGUGUAAGCCACUUUUUGAACAAGUGUACAUCACAGGGCUCUAAAGUCAAAGAGUGUGCCACACCCCCUUCAAACUCAAAACAAACCCACACUGAACAUCAGAUCCAUUCCAGCCUGAAGGUCAACACUGCUGAGCUGAUGUGUGCUGAAGCCAUUCUAGACAUCUCCAAAACUGUCAUGCCAGAGGUGUUUGAGUCCAACUUAAGCAUUGCUAACAGAAAUUUGCUUCAGAUGCCGACAUUCCCCACUGUUGCACCAACUGUAGAUAAAAGUGAUGAAAGCUCUGUUGACAGUGAGGACGGGAUUGAACAAGAGAUAAGGAAAUUUUUGGAGGAUAAAGCAAAGAUGAACAAAGAGCUUCCUACAACAACAGGUGCACCUCCAACAGCUUCAGGAGAUCCCACCACAAGCAAAGAGCCAAAGAAGAAGAAGGAAACCCAGCCGAACAAAGCAGUGAGGCUCUCCCUGUCAAAAAAACGCAAGUUCAAAGAAGAACAAAGCAAACUUUCUAGAGAUAGUGACUUGGUUUUGAAUAUUAAAGAGGAACCUCCAGGGACAACUCUGAAUUAUUGUGACUCCACCAGACCAGAGCUUUCAGCCUCGCCCACUGUGACGUCCCAUUCAAGUAGUCUAACCACCAAGAAAAUCAGCAAACUGAAGCAGAACUCCCCAUCUCACAAGGGUACGGAUAGUAGUGUACUCAAAGACAAAGUUUCCACUUACAGUAUGUCCAGUCCAAAGACUGCGAUUGGCUCAGAGAGAAAUGACAGCAGUGACAAAAGCAGCUCCCUGGACAGUGAUGAGGAUCUAGAUGCCGCAAUUAAAGACUUACUUAAGACAAAGAAAAAAGUCAAAAAGAAAGUGAGGGAUAUGAAGGUGAGGAAAAGCACCAGACCUUCCGAGGCUUCAUCUUUGGAUGCUAUGAAAAAACAGAAACCUUUUACAGACCUGAAGAGUAUCCCUUCCAAGCUCGUUAAGUCUGGCAUCUUGAAAGGUGGCAAAGAAACACUGAACAUUCGGACUAAAAAUGGCAAGGGUCAUAAAAGCAAAGCAGUUAGAGGCAGAUCAGAAGUCCCGAACAUCAAAGAAUCUAAAAGCCCUGCACAACCUGACAAGGUGACUGGGAAUGGUGGGAUUCCUAAGACUCAAGAUGUGGACUUACCUUCUUCCAGUCUGCAUGCAGAAGACGAAGACAGUUCUGUGGACAGUGAUGAUAGCAUUGAGCAAGAGAUCAGGAGAUUUCUAGCUGAAAGAGCCAAGGAGUCUACACCUUUCACCGCAAACACCAAACAGGAGGAAGAGGCUGUAGACUCCUUGACUUCACUUCCAGAGUGCGAUGUUAACCCAGAACGUCAGAAGAUCCUAAUUGAAACUCCAGUUUCUGCUUCAGCAUCAACCUCUAGUAGACUCUUCAAAAGUGAAACACAAGCAGAAUCCAUAGGCACACCUGCAAGAUCCGCGGAUGCACCUGCAGAACUCAACAAGGGACCAGUCUUGACACCCGGCAGCUCUUGCAUUAUGGGUUGUAGGAGGACCGAAAGUCAAAAACUUGAGAUCUCGACCCCAAGAGAUCCAAAGAACGGCAGCUCUCAGACAGAUAAGGACACUCCGACAAGUCAUACCAUCAAACCCAACUCCUUCACUACUCCCUCUGUGAGCUCAGAGAUGCCCCAAUCAUUGGGUCAUCAACACCAGAACUUAUUCCUGAUGAGACCCGUUAACAGCGGUAUGAGCGACGUCAAGGUACUUUCCGCGGCAGAUGGUAAUGACCCUGCCGUCAGCCACCAGAGGUUAACAUCAGCCACUAGGAUACCUUUGAAGGAUGUCAUUAGUUCUCUUUGUCCCUCACCUAUCACAAAACCUCAAAUUAGUUCCUGUGCUGUCACCACAGGUGACCCCUUGACCUCGGCGCCCCCUGGGGGCAGGACAGAGGGACUUUACUUGCAUAACCGCCUUAAAAGGGACCGACACCUCUCCGAUAGACCACACUUAUCCCCUGCCACCUCACACCUGUGCCAGCCCUCACCUGUACUGCACCCCCACCAGGGCGGCAGUGUAAUCCAGGUACAACGGGACCAGGCUGCUUUCCCAACGCCCUUAGCAAGGACAAACCACCUGCAGGUCAGCCAGAUAGAGCCGACUGAGUCCACUGCAUGUUUAGGAGUGAGACAAAGGGAGGGAGGAAGUGUUAGCAAGGAAGAGAAAGAGCAGGAAGAUGAGGAAGAGAAAUGUGUUGAUGAGACAGAUGUAGAGUCAGAUGAGGAAAGGAAAGAUCAGAAGACAAAAGACAGGAAGACUCAGCCCCAUAAUCAGUGAGUACCUACCUGUCCUCUCUCCAAACACACACACAUAUCAGUUGAGGGAACAUGGUUGCCAAAUCCCAGUACAUAUCCAUGCUCUAAGAUGUAAGAUACGAAAGACUUCAACAAAUUGUCGUCGUCUUUAAUUAGAAAGAGUUAAUGAGUGUUUUGGUCAUUGGUUUGGGGGGAUCUCUGGAUCCAAGUCUGUGAAUCGCAAGUAUUUUGCUAGAUUCCCAACCAUACAGCCGAAAUUUUCCUUCGGCUUUAAGCAUUAGUUGUUUUAUUUUAGCAUUAGCCUGACAGACUGCGGCGUCUAGUCCUGCAUUUCACUGUUUCAGACUUUUUGUACUGUAUGAUUUAGGUUCCAUGGGACGUCAUGUAGGACUAUUUGAGUGUACCACAUCCUUUUUUUGUAUGUUUGUACAUUUAUAAAUAUAUUUAAAAGCAGACAUGAUGUCAUGAAGAGAGAUUAAACUUUGUUUUUGUUUUGUAUUUUCUCUGCAGCAGCUGCAGCAUUUCUGAAUGAAUCAUGCUUUACAAACUUUGCUUUUUGAGAAAUUCUUAUUUGAGACUAUGAAAAGUAAAAAACGAAGGUUUAUGAAAAGAUGGCAAUAUCAUUGGUGAGUUUACAUGUUAAAUGGUUUCCAGGUUUAAAUAUUUAGCCUAUCCAUUAGGAAAUCGUUUUUUUUUUCUGCAAAAACUUCUACAAGAUAAACACCAACAUGCAAAUUGCGUCUUUAAGUACUAAACUGUAUGUUUGCAUCAAUGCAUAAUGGUUUAACAUAAUCAACAUAAUUCAAGAUCCUUGACCUCUGAGAGGACGGGCUGAGUCCCCUUUCAGUAACAUUAAAAUAGUCCCUGAGGUUUCUAAAUGAGGAAAAUCUCAUCAGCACAACACUGAAUGACUCAUUUGGGCCUCAUUUGUGAAACUGAAGCAGAAUGAUUUUCCAUUAAAAUAGUUCCCAAAGCCCUUCUUGUAUAAAUUGGUCCAUUCAGUUCAAAGUAACAGUCUACACAAAAACAGUUUGUUGAACAACUUAUAAAGAAAUGUGUUCUGCUUGUUUUAUAAAUGAAACCCUUUAAGUUUACAUAUGUAUAUAAAAUGUGUAUGAAAAAUGGCCAAUUACUUGGUAUUAAAAUUUUACAGCUAAACGGCAGUAGCAGUAAUCGUAACCCUUACGCUUUUUUAAAAUCUUCUAAAUAACUUGCCCUCAACAAGCAUGUUUUUUUUCACAAUGUUCCCCUUUAACACAUUUUUAUGUACUUAGUUGAGAAUUUUUUAUAUCCGUGUCAUAACCAGUUAAUUUUUGUACCACUGGACAACAUUCAAAGAUUUAUUUAAGACUGCUAAUUAAAAGGAGGAAACUCUCUCUCUCUCUCUCUCAGUGUCUCAAAAUUCAGUUAUCUUUCUCUUUUAGCACAAAUUUGCAUCCUUCUCUCAAAAGUCACACCGCUCUCUCUCUCAUCCCUCUCUCUGCACCUGUUUCUUAGUUCCUGUUUCUGUUGCUUAUUAUAUGUAGGUGUUUCCUAUAUGAAAAGAAUGUUAUUUAUUUUUGUUUAUAGAAGAGAAGAAAGUAAAGACUCAUGCUGACUAUGCUGGGCAUUGCCAGUUUUCAUAGAUAUUUUGCAAAAAAAACUUAAAAAAUGAUUUUGGAGUCCCCUGCUCUGCACAGAGAAACGAAAUGCAAACUGUAUCUCUGAAGAUGUAUAAUAAAAAUUGACUGAGACACAA